UAUAUGUAUAUAUAACCCUCCUUCAUGUCCUAACGGAACUUGCUUUUCUCCUUUCAAUGGCUAAGGUUUAUCCUCGAACCCCAUCAUCAUCGUCAUCAUCUUCAUCAUCAUCAUCAUCAUCGUCAUCAUCUUCAUCAUCAUCAUCAUCAUCAUCAUCAUCAUCAUCAUCAUCAUCAUCAUAUGUGAGUUCAAAGCAAGAAUGCUUGACAAUAUGGAUGAAAUCUCUAGUAUACAACAGCCAUGGAUGCACUGCUUACAACUCGAAUGGCGAAAUCGUGUAUCGGGUCGAUAAUUACGACAAGAAAUGUAGCUCACAAGUCUUCUUGAUGGAUGUUCGAGGCAACGUUCUUUUCGCCAUUCAGAAAAAGAAAUUACGGGUUUUUGGAUGUUGGGACGGAUACAAAUGGGAUUUUUCCAAGAAACAACGAUGGUUUCGUGUUACAAGAAGACACGGUCGAAACGUUCGUGUAGAUUUAGGGUUUGGUCAUGGCGGUUACAAGAUUGUUAAAAACGGUGGGAAAUUAGGGUUCAAGAUUGUGAAUCUUGAUCGAGAUGGUGCUCUCGUUGCCGAGAUUAAACGAAAGCAAACCGCGUCAGGGAUAGAUCUUGGAAACGAUGUGUUCACGUUAACAGUGGAACCAGAUGUCGACCAAUCGUUGAUCAUGGCGAUUGUUAUGGUUCACGGGUUGAUCCAUCGUCAACUUUAAACGAUUUGGUUAACAAGAUCCGUCGUGGGUCUUGUUUAUUUCAAUUCAUCAAUGAAGGUUCCAAACCGGAUCUGAUUAUGGGUUCGUUUUUUUAUGUAAUUUCGAAGAGAAACGAAGAUGGGACCCACAAAAUGAAGAUCCGAAAUAGUGGAAAAAGGGGAGAGUAAACGAUAUCUUUGUGAAUAAUUGUUGUAAAUCAUACAAAGUUUUGAUAAUUGGUUUUUUGGUGGUUAAUUAAUCAUGUUUUUGGUGGUUGUACCAAACAUGAUAUAUACAUAUAUACAUGUUAUAUGUAUAUAUAUAAUCGAGCACAAUUGUUGUACCAUGUAAUAUUCGGCUUUUUUAUAACAAAUUUAAUUAAA